CACAUUCUACACCUCUGAAUUCUGUAAAAACUCGAUUAUACAUUGGCCUUGUAACUGACGCAUUUACAGAAUAUGCAUAUGAUGCCGAGAUAGCAGGUCUUGCUUAUUAUCUCUACAAUCAUAAUGAAGGAAUAAUUGUGACAAUUCAAGGUUACAACGAUAAAUCGCCUUUACUUCUCCGUAAUAUUGUUGAAAAAAUGAAAUCAUUCCAAAUUGAUCCAAAUCGAUUUCAAAAAAUAAAAGAAGAAUUAAAAAGAUCAUAUGACAAUCGUUCACUGGAUUCUCCUAGUUAUCAAGCCAUGUAUUACAGAAGUUAUGCAACCACUCAAAAAUCAUGGACACACAAAGAAAAAAGUAAAUUAUUAGAUAAAAUCCAAUAUGAGGAUGUACAGCACUUUUAUCCAUCUUUAUUUGAUCAAUUACUGUUUGAAGGGUUUGUUCAGGGAAAUAUGAGUCGAGAAGAUGCGUUAGAUAUGAUCAAAAUUUUAGAGGAUACAUUGAAACCAUCCGAGGAAAUUUUAAAAUCACAAUUAACAGGAAAUAGAAGUGUGUGUAUACCUGAUGGAAAAAAAUUCUUUUAUACGAUGGAGGUUUCAGAUGAAAAAGAAAUUAACAGCGCUAUAGAAUAUUACAUACAAGUUGGUGAUGUAAUGGAUAAAGAUUUGAGAGCUAAGUUAGCAUUAGUAGGACAAAUUUCUGAGGAACCUUCUUUUGAUCAACUAAGAACUAAGGAACAAUUGGGAUAUUAUGUUUGGAGUACAGUAGAGGAAGGAACAGGUUCAAUGGCACUCAGAAUUAUUAUUCAAAGUGAAAAAGAUCCUAUUUAUUUGGAAAAUAGGAUCGAAGAAUUUUUAAUUAAAUUACAGACAAUAAUUGAAGAUAUGCCAGAAGAAGAAUAUAAAAAAGAAAUAGCUUCAUUGAUUAGUAAGAAGUUAGAAAAACCCAAAAAUUUAAGUGAAGAAAGUUAUAAACAUUGGUGCCAUAUUUACUCUGGCUAUUAUGAAUUUGAUCAAGUUGAGACUGAUGUAUCGAACAUACGUGAAAUCGCAAAAACCGACCUUCUAGAAUUCUAUAAAACCUAUAUUCAUCCCCGUUCACCUGUACAGAAAAAACUUUCAAUUCAUUUGAAAUCCAAAAAUCUUGCAUUAUUAAAAAGGUUUGAUUUAAUUGAUAUUAAAAAGUUGCAUGCGCUUAUAACUUCUCAAGGAUUCGCAAGUAUUACAGAAGAUGAAUUAAAGGGUGCUAUUGAUAUUCUGAAAGUUCAAAGUGCUGGGAAAGAUGCUCAGAAAAUUGAAAUGGAGAUUAAAAAAUUAUUUUUGAAAAAAGUUAGUGAGAUGAAUAGUGACCAAGAAAUAAGUAAAGAAGUAGAGACAACACUGGAUAACUUAUGUAAAGAUUUCAUGAAUUUAAUUUUUGAAGAUGGAAAGGCAGAAACGAAAAAUAAGGAUGAAAAGAAGGAUGAAUAUGAGUUAUCAUCUGGUAACGAGAUGAUUGAUGAUCUAUUUUUAUUCAAAAGCAGAAUGAAAUUAAGUCCUGAUGCUAUGCCUGUUUUACCAUGGAGUAGUUAUUAUGAGAAUUAA